CGCUGUGCCAUCUGGGACUGACCUCACACUCUCCCGACGUGUCACAACUUGUUCGCGGAUCGCAAAUAAAAUUUCCACCGCUGAAGGUGAGCGGUCUCCAAAGAAUCGUUAUUUUAAUAUUCUGUGAGCCCCUCCUGACCGCUUGAACAAAUAGGGAGCGACUUUUAAAGCGUCUCCACAUCUGAUCCACAGCUUAUAAACCAGAACUAAACGGCAAGAAAUAUUUUUCAUCACAGCCUCUGAAAGGCAUAUUGUUGAUGUGCGGUGAGACAGACUGUCUCCAGGACUGUUCAUGCGUGGAGCAACUGCGCCUCUGUUCAGUUAUCCAAACCUUCUGAGAGUUGAGGCUCUCCCAGGUUGAUGGCUCAUCUGCAGCAAGAUCAAUUAAAAAAAUACUGCGAGUAACGGAAGAUUUAGCAAAGGCUGCUUGAGUAACAGGUAGAAUUUAAACUUUGUGUCCGAUUGCCGGGUUUCUUGCGCGCUAAAGCCGAUAAUCUGCAUCGUAUCAGCUUCAUAAACGUCACAUUUUUCUACUAGAUUGGUCUUUGAAAUGUACAUUUCUUCACUCUAGGAAAUGAAACGCCUUUUUCUGUCACCAGAACAAAGCAUGGGGCGUCAGUUGAAUUCGUGCUAGAAAUGUGACUUUUGAACCAGCUUUGGGCAGCAUCACACCUCUAGGUAUCCGGACAGGCUCGUCGUUGAGGUUUGUGUUUUUUUCUUUCAGCACCAGGGACAGCUCCUGGCACGCGUCUCAGCUGCGCGCGGUUCAAACUUCUCGCCUCCUUCAUUCAUUCAUUCAUCCAUCCACCCAGCUUCACUGCCGUUCACAUCCACGCUGGUUUUAGGUUUCGAAAAAAAAGAAAAGAAGAAGUAACAACUCAACAGUGCUGCAAAGGAUAUGCGUUUGGUUUGCACGAUCCACUGAUUGCACGGCAGGUCUGGAAACUGAGGAUCCCUGCACAGGCUGUAAUCUACGAAAACCCAGAAGAAAAGAAGGACGGAGAGGAUGGGGCGCAUGCAGUAAAUGGCCUCUGUCAGAAUAAAAACACUGCUUUGAGAUCUGGUGCUGCUGCGCCUCACUGUUCUUUUCUUCAGAGCCGCCGUCAUCAAAAGCCGAUCAGACGCUGACCAGAAACCACAGGCAGGACGCUGACCUUGUUUUGCCAAGGGAUAUGUCAUUGGGGAGAUCCCCUGUGUUGGGGGUGCGCCCUGUGCCCCGACCCCUCUGGCUGUCCCACCUCAGCCUGCUGUGCUUAUGUGUGUCUCUCUUUGCCCAGGCUCCCCAGGGUUUGCCUAUGGUAGGUUAUAACACUGACUCCAAGAGAGAGAUCACACUGGAUGGCGAUUUGAUGAUUGGCGGCCUGUUCCCAGUGCACCAGAAGGGUGAGGGAGCAGAGGACUGUGGGAAGAUCAAUGCUCAGAGAGGUAUCCAGAGACUGGAGGCCAUGCUGCUGGCACUAGAUGAAAUCAACAAGGACGAGCGCAUCCUGCCUGGGAUCAGACUGGGAGCUCAUAUACUGGACACUUGCUCUAAGGACACCUACGCUCUGGAGCAGUCUCUGGAGUUUGUCAGGGCCUCCCUCACCAAAGUGGAUGACAGUGAGUACACGUGCCCCGACGGCUCCUACGCCAUCCACGAUGACGUACCUCUGGCUAUCUCUGGAGUCAUAGGAGGCUCCUACAGUGAUGUCUCCAUUCAGGUGGCCAACCUGCUGCGACUCUUCCAGAUCCCUCAGAUCAGCUACGCUUCCACCAGCGCCAAGCUCAGCGACAAGACCCGCUAUGACUUCUUCGCCCGCACCGUGCCCCCUGACUUCUACCAGGCCAAGGCCAUGGCAGAGAUCCUGCGUUACUUCAACUGGACGUAUGUAUCGACGGUGGCGUCAGAAGGCGACUACGGCGAGACUGGCAUUGACGCCUUCCAGCAGGAAGCUCGCGCCCGCCAGAUCUGCAUCGCCACUUCAGCCAAGGUGAGCCGCUCCAUGAGCCGCUGGAGUUACGAGAACGUGAUCCGCUCCUUGCAGCAGAAGUCCAACGCCAAGGUGGUCAUCCUAUUCACACGCAGCGAAGACGCCCGCGAGCUUCUGGUGGCGGCCAAUCGCAUGAACGUGACCUUCACCUGGGUGGCCAGUGACGGUUGGGGAGCGCAGGAGAGUGUGGUGAGAGGCAGCGAGGCUGUGGCCGACGGGGCGUUCACCAUCGAACUAGCCUCCUAUCCGAUCCCCCAAUUUAAUGACUACUUCACUUCCCUGCACCCCUACAACAACACCAGGAAUCCCUGGUUCAGAGAGUACUGGGAAAACCAGUUCCAGUGCAGCCUCCAUGACCUGGGCUGUGGGAAGCACUCACUCCGCGAGGCUCAGUUUCAGCCAGAAUCCAAGAUCAUGUUCGUAGUGAAUGCUGUCUAUGCAAUAGCUGCCGCCUUACACAACAUGAGGCAGGCCUUAUGCCCCAACUCCACCAAGGUGUGUGAGGCUCUUAAACCUGGCAAUGGCAGGAAGUUUUACAGGGACUACAUUCUCAAGGUCAAGUUUGAGGCGCCAUUUCGUCCACCAGACACAGAGAAUGUAGUCCGCUUUGAUGCCUUCGGGGACAGCCUCGGCCGCUACAACAUUUUUCACUACCACAAAGAAGAUGGACGUUAUGUCUACCGUAAGGUCGGCUACUGGGCUCAGAGUCUGACCCUGAACACCAGCCUGAUCCCCUGGGCUGGCCAGGUCGCGCCAACCUCCCAGUGUAGUGACCCCUGCAGGAAGAACGAGGUGAAGAGCAUGCAGCCUGGAGAUGUGUGCUGCUGGAUCUGUAUCCCCUGUCAGCCCUACCAGUACCUGCAUGAUGAGUUCACUUGUGCUGACUGCAGCUUUGGGCAGUGGCCCCUGGCCAACCUGACAGGCUGUUAUGAUCUGCCUGAGGAGUACAUCCGCUGGGAAGAUGCCUGGGCCAUUGGACCCGUCACCAUUUCCUGUCUGGGGAUGAUGUGUACGCUCUUCGUCAUUGGCCUCUUCCUCAAACACAAUGAGACACCCGUGGUGAAGGCCAGUGGCCGUGAGCUCUCCUACAUCCUUCUGCUGGGAGUGCUGAUGUGUUACAGCAUGACCUUCAUCUACAUUGCCAAACCGUCCACGGCAGUUUGUACGCUGCGUCGGCUAGGCCUAGGCACCUCAUUUGCUGUGUGCUACUCAGCCCUCCUGACCAAGACCAAUCGCAUCGCUCGGAUCUUCAGCGGGGUGAAGGAUGGAGCGCAGCGGCCUCGAUUCAUCAGCCCGGCCUCCCAGGUUGCCAUCUGCGGUGCUCUGAUCUCCUGCCAGCUGGUGGUCGUGGUGGUCUGGCUGCUGGUGGAGACCCCAGGAGUGAGAAAGGAAGUAAGCCCGGAGAGGAGAGACGUGGUCACCCUCAAGUGUAACAGCAAGGACUCCAGCAUGCUCAUGUCUCUCACCUACAACUGCGUCCUCAUUAUCCUCUGCACUGUCUACGCCUUCAAGACCCGCAAGUGCCCCGAGAACUUCAACGAAGCCAAGUUCAUCGGGUUCACCAUGUACACCACCUGCAUCAUCUGGCUCGCUUUCCAGCCUAUUUUCUACGUUACUGCCAGCGACUACAGGGUGCAGACAACCACCAUGUGCAUCUCUGUCAGUCUGAGUGGGUCGGUGGUGUUGGGCUGCCUGUUCGCUCCCAAGGUCCACAUUAUCCUGUUCCAGCCGCAGAAGAAUGUCAGCAAUCUCAGAACGGCCACCACCCGCUUCAGCGUCACCACCGGUCCAGGCUCCAGUUUCUCUCAAGCAUCAGCCUCCAAUGUUGUUCCAACAGUGUGUAACGGACGAGAGGUGGUGGACUCCACAACGUCCUCCUUGUGAAGAUCAGCUGAGUUCCUUGCCAAGCAUUGUAAACAGAGUUAUAUAAUCACUAGUCCUGAAUCAGGUGUCUCAGAUAUUAAAGAGGUCAUACAGACGAUUGUCCUGACUUUGUUGUCCUCAAAGUGCUGUGAGUACAAUGUCCCAAUUAUUUCAUUUUGUUCUUUGACUCGUAGCGAUUUGAAAUGAGAUGCCAAUAAAGUCGCAUAUAGCCCUUGUUUUUAUUGAAGAUUCUACUUGCAACAAUGGAGUAAAUUAUAGUAAAUCUGUUAAAUGUAAUAUAUACAAGACGUUUUUAAUGUAGAUUUUGGUGAACCAGUUUGUGCUUUCUUGUAAUUUAUGUAAAUAAAAUGUGUUUUUUAUUAAUACCAAAAUCACUUAUAGUCUGAACAUUUAUUUGAACAUCACCGUGACAUGCUCAUUCUGAAGGAUAAUAUAAACACAAAUGUAUUGAGGUGUUGAUUUGCUUGGCUUGACACUGUGAACAUUGGGAAAAAUGGAAUAAACCUUGCCAUCUUAGUAACCUGCACGAAUUUGCCAAACAUGCUGUCAUACUAAAUUGUUACAUGUCAUAUACACCUGCCUGACUGCUGCUGCAAGCAGAUAAAUACAGACAGCAGACAAAUUCAAGGAAAAAACUGAAUAAAACAGUGAAACACAUCAAAUUCAGAUCUUUCCAUGCACCAAGGCUCACAGAAAUGGUUUGAUGUAGGAAAAUGACUUGAUAAAAUGCUCUGGCCUUUACCGUCACCAGAAGAUUUUGGAUCAAUGUGUAAGUCAAUGCUCCAUAAGACCAAAUGAUAUACCAUAAACUUUCAUCUUCAAAUCUAUUUAGAGAUGUCAGUUACUGUCUCUGAUACAUCACUGGCUAUGUUUUUCUUUCUAUGUUUGCUGUACUAAAGCCUCUCUUGCAAAACAGAUCUUGAUCUCAAUGAGAUUAAAUGAAUGUUGUCUCAAUAUGAAGACACUUUAUGCUUUUUUUUCCUGCAAUUUACCAUCCACCUGUGUCUAUAAUAAGCUGAAUUAACUGCACAUGCAUGGUGCUUUUCAAUCUCAUAGGACAAAGCAAUUUACACUUUUUACUUUGCCUCUCAUUUACCCAU